AUGUCCCGAGGUUCGCAACCAGCAGAGCCAAAAUGGCUGGCACGACCAUCUGGAGCCUGCUGCUUGAAAGGUCAUCUUCAUAGCGGUGAGCCCAAGGGCACCAUCGAGAAGCUCACCGACAUCGAUACAUAUGUCACCAAGCCGGAUCCAUCCAAGGACAAUGGACAUAUUAUCUUCUACUUUCCCGACGUUUACGGCUUCUUCACGAACGGCCUUCUUGUUUGCGAUUCAUUCGCUGAGUCGGGUUAUACUGUGAUUGGGAUGGACUUCUUUAAUGGUGAUCCGGUAUACAUGCAUCGAGAUGGACCGAAGGAGCCGCACAAGGACUUCGACUUUGACGCAUGGUUGAACAAGUCCCAUGAGUUCACGAGAAGCCAUAUUGAUGGAUGGCUUGCUGCCGCAAAAGGAAAGUAUGGCUCGCCGGACACGAAAUAUGCUUGUGUAGGGUACUGCUUCGGAGCACCAUACGUGAUGAAAGCCAUAACCGGCUCCUCACCCACAUGUGAAGUCGGAGCCUUCGCCCACCCAGCAUUCCUGAAAGAGGAGCACUUCGAGAAGAUCACUCGACCACUCUAUCUGUCCUGUGCGGAGGACGACUUCACAUUCAGCACUGAAUCCAGGAACAAGGCUCUCGACAUUCUCAUAGCAGCAAAGAAGCCAUAUGGUCUGCAAGUAUUCUCCGGCGUGGCGCAUGGCUUCGCAUUGAGGUGUGAUCUUUCGAAGCCUUAUGAGCGAUGGUGUAAGGAGCAGAGCGUCAGGAGUAUUGUUGAUUAUUUUGACGUACAGCUUGGGCUUUUCGAGAAGGAGAAGUAG